AUGCGGCUCUCACUCUCGGCGGCAGCAACUUUGGGAGUCUUGGCUACGGCUAGCGCGGUUCCAAGCCCACGAUCCAACGAUGGGGGAGCUGUCACGAUCUCUCUCCAGCGGUCCAAGGUGUCGCAUGCGCAGACGGUCGCCCGAAAGCGCGCACUGAACGGCUAUGAACCUAGAGCAGACGAGGAUGCGGCAUGGUCGUCUGAACGGAGCUGGAAGCGACAGACCAGUGGGCAUACCAAUAUACCUGUAGAUGACAUGCUGUUUGACUGGCUAUACUCGUGCAACGUCAGUUUCGGCACGCCACCUCAGACCUUCACCGUCGCGCUUGACACGGGCUCGCCAACACUCUGGAUCGCGGCCGAUGGAUGCCGGGGAGACGGCUCGUGCAGUGGCAUUCCGUUGUUUGACCCGGCCAAGUCGGCGACAUUCACCAACCUCGACACGCCGUUGUACUUGCCGUACGGCACGGGUGCGGCAAAUGGCACACUGGCCAAAGACGUAGUGUCAAUGGGCGGGUGGACUCUCCCCAACCAGGAGAUCAUGGUCGUCGACUAUCUCGUGGACAUGUCGGCGAAUGCGGCUGCAGGCGUCUCGGGUCUCAUGGGCUUGGGACCGGCGAGUUAUUUCAACGACACAAACUUCCUCGUCAACGUGUCCCGGGGGUGGACCCAGAAGGAGAUGGGCUUCUACGCAGGACGAGCACCUAUUGUUCCAGGCGCCACGCAGGCUGAUCAGAUGGCGAGCGUUGUGCCCAAUAGCGAAAUCACCUUUGGUGGCGUCGACACGACAAAGUUCCAAGGGAAGAUCGACUAUAUCCCUACCAACUCGUCUUACGUAUGGGCGAUCCCCUUCGAGUCCGUUACAGUGGGAGCGAAGACGUUCGUACUGGAGGAAGUGGCAGUCAUCGACACUGGCACGGCAAUGAUCUACGGGCCCAGCACGGACGUGGCAGCGCUGUACGCUUCCAUCCCAAACUCCCAACCGCUCCCCGACACCCCGGGGUUCUAUUACAUGCCGUGCGCAGAUAUCCCGCACAUUUCGUUUGGUUUCAACGGCAUAACCUACCCACUGUACCUCGGCGACCUGUUUACGGCCUACCAGUCGAAUGACGGCACCAUCUUCUGCGUGGGCAACAUUAUUGGGGACAACACGACCAACACGGUGUUCAACGGCUCACCCAUCUGGAUCCUCGGCGACGCGUUCCUCAAGAACGUGUACACUUCCUUCCGCCUAGACCCGCUGUCUGUGGGGUUUGCGGAAUUGACUCCAGAGGCAGACAUUAUGACAACAGCGGCGCCGGCGGGGGCCACCAAAUUUAUGGGUCCAUCCACGACGACCGGUGCCGCCAGUCUAGCCAGUGUCGCUCCUGUUCCACCCGUCCCCACGAACACUGUUACCGUAGGAGGGGGUGGCGGUGGCGGGCCCAAAGUGGGAUCAACCACCGCGGCUGCCACAACGGGGACCGCGCAGGCUGUGACCGGCAAGACGGCCAGCUGGGGCUGCCGCCGGACAUCAUUUGAUUUGCUUGGCGUGACGAUUGGGUUGGCGGGGCUUGUUGUGCUUGUGGCAUAG